AGCCAUCUGGAUCGGUCUCUUUACACAGAUGUGUACACACCUGCCCUGCGAUUGCGAUUGCUGCGUACAGGGUGGACUUUACAUGUGCGCACAGCUGUAUCUGCAGGCAUAUCUCUAUGAAUGCAGGGACGCGUGAUCGCGCGCGGUGCGUGACUUCCAAGUGCCGAUCCGCAGCGCAACAGCUGCGGCUCAACCGCAAGCUUGUGUUCAAGUCCUUCCCGAGCCUCUGCGGGCAGUCUCUCCCCCCCGCGCCGGCCCUCUGCGGCAGCUCCGGGUGCCCCGCAAUGGCGCUCGAGGUGGGCGAGACUGACUGGGUGGUCGUUGGCUCGAUCAUGCUGUUCCAGUGGGUGCUCGAGUUCGUCGUGCUGACCCGGAUGUUGAAGCUGCAGGUGGUUAUCACGCUGGAUGUUUUGGACAACAUGUCUUCUGUCAACACGUGCAAGGAGAGCGUCCGAAACAUAUUCACCAACCUUGCCAUCGUCGCCGCUUUGAUCAUGACGAUUGCGUUCGCUAUGCUCUUCUUGUACGACCACGUCGGAAACAUUGCAGAUAACGACGAUGGUCAGCGUUUGACGGCUCAUGCCUUUAUCGCAUUCACGGGGUAUGCUUGCAUUCAGUCAAUGAGGGCCAUGGUGGAAAGUGUCCUGAAUAUAGUCUACACAGAGAUGCUCACCAGUCCCGAGAUCGUUCGAUUCUUAAUUGCGGGAUCGGGCGCAAUCGGCGCCCCUGUCAUAGCAACCGUGUUCAGCGUUGUCAGCAUACUGUGUGCAAGCACCCUGUACAUCUUGUCGAUCUACAGCGUCGCUGCCUCCGUUCUCUUCGGCUGCCUGUCUUUAUCUCGCCUGAUCUCCAUCGGCCAGUUCUGGCGCAAGCGCUCCAAGUUCACCACCAACCGAUCCAGCAAGCACUCCAGCAACUGGUCGUGGGCCGAGGACCUGGAGGCAGCCCCGCCGUCGUCCAUCGCAAAGAAGUGCAGCGAGAAUGAGAUCGCCAUCAUGCGCCGACAUGCCCGCCAGGCGAAGGAGGAGGAGGAGGCGUCGGUGAAGGUGGCUGCCGUGGCUGCCCAGCCGCCGGAGCAGCCGAACUUUUCCGUCUGAGCCAGGAGAGGCGCUGGGGCUGGACCGCCCUGCCCGCGCAGGAGCGGAGCGGCGCCGGGCCCGCGCCCCCGCGCUGCCGCGGGCGGGCGGGCGCCGCGGGGCGAAGGGGCUCGGCGCCCCGGCCCCCCGCGGGGCGCCUCGGCGCUCGGGGGCCUCGAGACCAGGGCACCGGAUCCUGCAGGAUCCUAUCUAAGACACAUGUGUCGGCCGCGGCGCCCAACACGUCCUCCAAACCCGCCGAUCCUCAGAGAUCUCGAGUCAUCCCGAUCCGAUUUUGUCCCGAUCAAUUCGCGUCGUUUUAAGAUAGACCGAUCGCUUCCCGGCGUGCUGACGCGCUGCCCCCCGCGCCGGCGGCCCCGGCCGAGGGCGCGCGCUCCGCCGGAGGCCGGCCGCGCGCCGGGCGGCUCGGCCCGUGGCCCGCCCCCCGGGGGGGGCUCCCGCGGAGGCCUGUCGCCGGGGCG